UUGCGACCUCCUAUCUUGUGGACAGGUUUAUCUUGGUGUAGAGCUGAUGUGCGCGAGCAAGAACGAGGUCGAGCGCGACCUGCAGUUGGGGCGAUUCAAGAAUUCGCUGUCUAUAGGUAUUUUGGGACUGCCCAAUGUUGGCAAGUCUACACUGUUUAACGUGCUGACAAAGAGCAGCGUGUUGGCGGCGAACUAUCCGUUUGCAACGAAGGAGCCACACAAAGCUCGGACAGCAUUGCCGGACGAGCGGCUGGAUUGGCUCAACAGCGUGUACAAGCCGGAGAAGCUGACGCCGGCCUAUUUGGAAUGCGUGGACAUAGCAGGGUUGGUGAGGGGCGCGUCGGAGGGGCAAGGACUGGGCAACGCAUUUCUGUCGCACAUCGCGGCGGUGGACGGGCUGUACCACGUGUGUCGCGUUUUCGAGUCGGAGGAAAUCACGCACGUGGACGGAGACGUCAAUCCCAUUCGCGACUUGGACACGAUUCACAGCGAGUUGUUGCUGAAGGACAUCAGCAACUUGGAGAAGCGGAUUGAGCCGUUGGUGAGGCAGGCGAAGGGCGACAAGGUGAAGAAGUUCGAGUUGGACACGAUGGAGAAGCUGAUGAACUGGCUGAUUUUGGGGAAGGACGCUCGGUUGGGAGAAUGGACGCCAAAGGAGAUACAGGUGAUCAAUCCGCUGAACUUGCUGACGGCUAAGCCGAUCAUUUACUUGGUCAACAUGUCGGAGGAGAAUUAUAUGAGGCAGAAGAACAAGUGGCUUCCGAAGAUCAAGGCGUGGGUUGAUAGCCAGAACCCCAAGGAUCCGAUAUUGCCGUUUUCCGCUGAGUUGGAGGAGAAGCUGUCAGAGAUGUCGGCGGCGGAGGCGGCGGCGUAUUGCAAGGAGAGGAACAUGCGUUCUCAGAUCCAGAAGAUCAUUAGGACGGGGUACAGUCGGCUGAGAUUGAUUAGUUUCUUCACGUGUGGUCCGGAUGAGGUUAAGGCGUGGACGAUUCACAGCGACACCAAGGCGCCCCAGGCGGCGGGGACGAUUCACUCGGACUUCGAGAAGAAGUUCAUCUGCGCCGAGGUGAUGCACUACAGCGACUUGAAGGAAUGUGGAAGCGAGGCGGCGACGAGGGCAUCGGGGAAGGUGUUGCAGCAGGGGAAAGGCUACGUGGUGCAGGACGGAGAUAUAAUUUUCUUCAAGCACGGGGCGGGAGGGAAGAAGAAGUAGAUUUUUUUUUGUCCGAUAAAAAGUUCAUUUGAGUA